GGAAGCUCCUUAGGGACAGACCACCUUUUGUGUGCCUGUUUAUGUUGUGUACACUCAUUUGCAGAUGAAACACACAAUAAUUGUAGAUUUUCUUCGUUGUGUGUGCACUAAACCAGCAGCCCCACAGGGAUGAGUGUGUGUGCAGUUGUUAGUGCAGAGCUGGGCUGUCAGAGUCACCAUGAGAGGGAGGGACUUCGGCAGCAGGACAAUGCUGGUGUUUGUGCAACGGCUACUGAGUGGCGGCUGGGCUUCUCAGACCGCUCUCGCUUGACUACCAUUUCUGUGAGUAUUGUUUUGGGGAAAGAAAAGUGGACAGCUUGAUCCUGCAUGUGGGACGCGCCAACAAAGACCGUCGUGGGGAGAGCCAUUUGGAUGUGACGAGCAGCAAAGGACGCAGAUCCAGAUCAGUUCCUUUGGGCCGCUGCAGAAAACAAGCCUCCACCUCUGAGGGAGGGAAAGAGGAAGAGGAGGGAGACGGGGAGGAGCAGAGGAGGACAGGAGUCGAAGGCCUGGACGAGGAGCCCUUAAACAGCCAAGAUGGGAGAAAAGAGAGUUAGUCUCCCUGCUAAGCUGAUUAACGGGGGCGUGGCAGGCCUGGUUGGUGUGACAUGUGUAUUUCCUAUUGACCUGGCAAAAACCCGCCUCCAGAACCAGCAGGGCAUCCAAGUCUAUAAAGGAAUGUUCGACUGCCUAGCCAAGACGAUACGAUCAGAGGGGUAUUUUGGAUGCUACAGAGGUGCAGCAGUGAACCUCACACUGGUCACACCAGAAAAAGCCAUCAAACUGGCAGCUAAUGACGUGUUCAGACAGCAGCUCUCGAAGGAUGGGCGCUUACCCCUGUGGGGCGAGGUGCUGGCCGGGUGUGGAGCUGGGACUUGUCAGGUGGUGGUCACCACUCCCAUGGAGAUGCUCAAAAUACAGCUGCAAGACGCAGGGAGGCUCGCUGCACAGAGACCCGUAGCAGCUCCAGCUCAACCUGCUGCUCCUGGUCCAGCUCCACCACUUGUGGCCCCCCCACCACAAACCCAAUCCUCCCGUCCACAGCGGCCCUCCGCUACUGGCAUCACCGUGGAGCUGCUGAAGACUCGGGGCUUGACUGGCCUCUACAGGGGCGCAGGAGCUACCUUGAUGAGGGACGUCCCCUUCUCAAUGAUCUACUUCCCCUUGUUUGCCAACCUCAAUGCUCUGGGCCGGGAGAGCGCCGGCGGCCAGGCUGAUGUGCAGGCUCAGGCGUCGUUCUGGCAGUCCUUCAUGGCGGGCUGCUGCGCCGGAUCAGUUGCAGCCGUUGCAGUCACACCGCUGGACGUCAUCAAGACCCGUCUGCAAACGUUGCAAAAAGGCGAGGGCGAGGACACGUACAGAGGAAUCCUUGACUGCACCAGACGCAUCAUGAGGCGAGAAGGCCCAUCAGCAUUCCUGAAGGGUGCAACGUGUCGUGCUUUAGUCAUUGCUCCUCUCUUUGGUAUUGCACAAGGGGUGUAUUUUCUAGGGGUAGGCGAGAUGGUUCUGGGCUUGUUGGGAUAGCAAUCAUCAGAAUUUGUGGAGGCAAACGUUUAGUUUCUGUUGAAAAAAAAAUAAAGGGCCACCCUGCUUUAAUCUGCACAGAUUUAAUCAGAAUAAGAGCAGAGAAACACAAACACUCCGCUAACCAAAGGAAGAGAUUAUUCAGAUGCGUACUUACUAUUAAUCAGUUUCUAGAUGUUUGAGUGCUGUUAGCAGGGCUGGGUCAAUGAAACACGGUCCUAAAUGCAUCUAAUCUGAGAAGCAGCAGUGUCGGUUAGCCUAAAGGGGCUGCUUGGUGCAAUAUGUCUAAGCUCACUUCUUCCACCUGAUGCAGGAUUAUUCUGUCUGGCUGUAAUGAAAGAAUGUUAUUGUUGAGGUUGCUGACCAAUCGGACCUCUCCGACCAUGCUUCUACUUAUGAAAGUAACUAAAAUGUCGUGCUGCCAGAUGUCAGCGACCUGAUUGGAUAGUUAGUUUGUUUUCUUUUCCAGAACAAAAGCUUGACAACCAUCUGCUGACUCUUAUGCAUUCCUCCCGCUCCAUCCUGUAGGUCAGGGUUGUAAUCUCGGGAGACUUUUGCAGGACUGGGAAGUGCUCCCUGCCAAUCUCUCUAAGGUCGUUGGUUAAUCUGAUGGUAAUUCUUUAAUCCCUGUGAUUGCGUACGAUACACCUUUACACAUGGCUCACUUCCUGCUACUAUCACGUUAUCGACAAGUUUAAAUAAAAACAAAGAUGGGUAAUCUCAUUCUUGUUGGGGUUCAAAUGAAUGGGGUGUGCACAAAUUUAAAUGCAUUCAACACCUUAUUGCUGUUCCGUUCUAAAGGAUCAAAACUGUUCAUCUUGAGCAAAUUAAAUAAAACGGGUGGUGAAAUGGUUUUUCCCAGUAUGAAGAUAAUUAUACAUGUUAGACGCUAGCAGGAAGUAUUGCACCUUGUCUUGCCAACAUUUAGUACUUCAUCCAACAAGGUGGCACUAAAAGCAGACUUUUUUAUUAGUUCCACGGGCAAUCACCUUCACCUCAGUGUAGACAGAACAUAGCCUGAUAAACAGUUUGUUUACUGAAUGUAAAUAAAAAAAUGGCAUGCAUGCUGAA